AUGCCACCAAAAGCCGAUUGGGAGAAAUACAAAGCGCCUACUGAGGACGAUGAGACCGAGAAGAAGGACAUUAUUCCAUUGUCAGAAGGCGACAUUCAGGUUCUGAAGUCGUAUGGUGCAGCCCCUUACGGGAGCGCGUUGAAGGCGAUUGAGAAGGAUUUGAAAGACAUUCAGGCACGAAUAAACGAGAAGAUUGGAAUCAAAGAGUCUGAUACGGGACUUGCGCCACCACAUCAGUGGGAUCUGGCGGCAGACAAGCAGAACAUGGAGCAGGAGCAGCCACUGCAGGUUGCUCGAUGCACGAAGAUCAUUCCAGCGGAGGACGAGACGAAGCGGACAAAAUAUGUCAUCAACAUUAAGCAAAUAGCCAAGUUUGUUGUGAGUCUUGGUGAUCGCGUGAGUCCUACUGAUAUUGAAGAAGGCAUGCGAGUUGGUGUUGAGCGUAACAAAUACCAGAUUAUGCUUCCUCUUCCCCCGCGAAUUGACCCGUCUGUGACGAUGAUGACUGUGGAGGAGAAGCCAGACGUUACUUAUAGCGAUAUUGGUGGAUGCAAGGAGCAGAUUGAGAAGCUGCGUGAGGUUGUAGAGCUGCCGCUGCUGUCACCGGAGCGCUUUGUUAACCUAGGUAUUGACCCUCCCAAGGGUAUUUUACUUUAUGGUCCUCCUGGUACCGGUAAGACUCUUUGUGCGCGUGCUGUUGCCAAUCGUACAGAUGCGACAUUUAUUCGUGUAAUUGGCUCUGAGCUUGUGCAAAAGUACGUUGGUGAGGGUGCACGCAUGGUGCGUGAGCUAUUUGAGAUGGCACGAACCAAGAAAGCGACAAUUAUUUUCUUUGAUGAAGUUGAUGCAAUUGGUGGAGCUAGAUUUGAUGACGGAGCUGGUGGAGACAAUGAGGUUCAGCGAACCAUGUUGGAGCUUAUUACCCAGUUAGACGGGUUUGAUCCCCGAGGAAAUAUCAAGGUGAUGUUUGCGACAAACAGACCCAACACGCUGGAUCCUGCUCUGCUGCGGCCUGGAAGAAUUGACCGUAAGGUUGAGUUUAGUUUGCCCGAUGUUGAGGGCCGAGCCAACAUUUUGCGUAUUCACGCCAAGAGCAUGUCUGUUGAUCGGGAUAUUAGAUGGGAGCUGAUUUCGCGAUUGUGCCCCAAUAGUACAGGUGCCGAACUGCGUUCGGUGUGCACAGAGGCUGGUAUGUUUGCGAUUCGUGCCCGCCGCAAGGUUGCUAGUGAGAAAGACUUUUUGGCAGCUGUUGAGAAAGUCAUUAAGGGGAAUCUUAAGUUUAGCAGUACAUCUCGCUACAUGCAAUAUAACUAA